GCACCUCGUACGACGUGUAAGCCAUAUGUGCUUUUGAAAACGAUAUUCUUUACUUAUUUUGAGGUAUGACACUAUAUGGUUGCAAAUGCAAUGACCUAUCAAGCUAUCUUCUCUUCUUAUAUGUGCCUCACUAAAAGAUUCAUGAUCUUAUAUUCCUCCUUUGGAGAAGAACGUUUCCUGUUGCUUGGACAUUCAUUGUUGUUUAGAAAGUGGCAACAUGCUUUAUUAAGUUUGGCAAAUUUGGCUCGUUACUUGUUUGUAGGAGCAAGAAUAUAGGAUUUCACUUGCCAUUUUUUGGUAUGGGGUGUGUGUGGGUGUGGUGUUGUUGGGGUGAGGUAGGGUGGGGGUGGAGAAUGAGAUGAAGAUCGUAUGACAAGUUCAUAUUUCCUUAUUUAUUUUUUCAACAUAAGAUCUGUUCUAUUCCGAAGAUUAGGAGGGCCUAUGAUUAGAUAACAGUCCUUCCAUUGGACAGGAAAUAUUACUGGAGUUUCGUGUGGGGAAAAUGCUUAUGGAGGGAAACCGUGUUAUCCCUGAUUCUCGUAAAGGACUUGCUCGAAUUGGAAGGGGUGAAGAAGGGCUAAUCCAUUUUCAGUGGCUGGGCCGAUCUCUGACCUAUGACCAAAUUGUCUUUCCAGAUGAAGCAAUUUUUGAAAAGGUUAAUCAAUCUUCUGGAAGGGUUUACACCCUGAAGUUUCAUAUGGAUGACAGGAAGUUCUUCUUUUGGAUGCAGGAAACCAAAUCUGAAAGUGAUACACAGAUAUGUACCUCCGUCAAUUUGUACCUGAAUCAUCCUCCAGAGUUACUUGAUGAAAAGGAGCCUGACGCUUCAGUUCCUUCUUCAAUUUCCAAAGAUAUAGCUGAAGAAGAUAUUUCAUCAAGGGCUGGCAAUUUGGUGGGCCCAGGCAUGGAUGCUGAAGGAACUAGCGAAGUUACCUCUUCUGGACCAGUAAAAUUGGCAGAUCUGCAGAGAAUAUUAAGUAACAUAGGGUCAGCAGAUGAAGCAGGAGAUCCAGAGGCAGGCUUGGGAUUAGGUGAUAUUUUGAAGCCAGAAUUUAUAUUGCCACUUAUUGAUGAACUACCAUUGGAACAACAAUUGGCGUCAUACUUACCUGAGGGUCAAUGGACCUCGGAGGAGUUAAUAGAAUUGCUACAGUGCUCUCCAUUCCGCCAACAAUUAGAUUCAUUUACAUAUGUGCUGCGAACUGGUCAGAUAGAUCUGACUCAGUUUGGAAUCAAUCCAAUCAAAUACAAGCUCACUGUGCCUUCAUUUCUUGAGGCACUUGAAGAUUCUGUUUCUGAUGAGUCGGAGCAAUUGGGCAGUGAUUUAAGAUCUCAAACAUGCAACCGUGGUGAUCCUGGGACGAAGGCCAAUAGUACAAAACCAGUUCGAUAUGUCUACUCAUUUCUGAACAGCGGUUCACACUCGUUUUUUGGGAAACAAUGGAAAAUCGACUACACAGUUUGUUUUCUUUCUUUUGUCAUUUUGUGUUAUACCUAUUUUGCAAAAACCACUGCUGGACUUGUUAGUUUGUGGAGUAAGUGUUUUCUUUUUCAAUCACCAAGAUUGAAGAUUUGUGUCAUUGAAACAAGUGUUACAACAAUUUUUGAAAAUUUAUAAAAAUGUAUCCAUGACUAUGUGA